AUGGCCUCCCCUCCGACGAGAGUAUCCCUGCGCUCUCCCUCCAAGUACGCGCCCACGCCGCCGUCGACAUUUUCCGCCCCUCCUGUCGACUGGCUCCUCCGCACCUGGUGUGUCACGCACUCGACCCUCGCCAUGUGGCGCGACGCCCGCAACGUGCGCAUCUCCUACGCCGCCCUCGAUCCGAAGCCCGGCGGCACCGCGCGCGUCGACGACCUUGUCGAGUACGAGUCCAACAAGUCCGCCUCGGGCGGCGUCAAGUCCGUCAAGGGCGUCGACACCGCCUGUGCGGCCGGGGACACCUCGGCCUGGGACUGGCGGGGCAAGGGCUGGCUGUUCUUCGUCAGCAGCCACUGGGAGGUUCUCGGCUGGGGAGAGCGGGAGAUCGCCGGCGGCGAGAGGGAGCGCUGGGCCGUCACUUGGUUCGCGCCCACGAUAUUUACCAAGGAGGGCGUCGACGUGUACUGCGACCGAAAAGAGGGGCUGAGUGAGGAGGGGUACAAAGAGGUGCUCGAGGGGUUGAAGGGGCUGGAGGCUAAGGACUUGGCCCAGAUGGUUGAGAAGGACAUGCAGCCCGUCGAGAUCUCUCUACCCUGGAAGGAGACUUGA